AUGUCGGACGGCAUCAGCCGCAUCGAGCUCAAGGCGGGCAGCGCGUACGCGCGCUACAGCGACGAGCAAGAGGACCGCGGCCUGCUGCGCACGGCGCCAGACAUCGGUGGCAAUGGGCGCGAGGAGGUGUCGCCGGCGCGCAAGGCGUACGAUGACGAGGGCCUGCUGCCCGUCAUGAUUGAGAACGGACUCGAGAAGAUCGGCGUGCUCACCCAGGUGCAGAAGGUGCUGGAUCACACCGGCCAGAUCAGGAACGAGCUGUUCCGCGCCCUCAUCGCCGAAUUCAUGGGCACGCUCCUCUUCCAAAUCUUCGGUGGCGCCGCGCCCCCGAAGGACACGACCGCGCCUGCCGCCAACGGCUUUGCACUCGUCGCCAUCAUCUACGCGUUUGCCAACAUCAGCGGCGCGCACCUGAACCCGGCGGUGACCUUCUCGCUCAUGUGCACGGGGCACAUGACUUGGUGGAGGGGCCUGCUGUACAUCAUAGUGCAGAUCCUGGGCUCCAUCUUCGGCUCCCUGAUCUACACGGGCCUCAUCCCUGGCCUGCACCUGCUGCAGAAGGACUUCCAGGGCGGCAUCGCGCCCGGCUGCUUCGGCCCCGCGCCCGGCGUCAACAACAGCGAGGUCUUUGGCUGGGAGCUCCUCAUGACGUUCCUGCUGGUGAUGACGGUGUACGCCGCCGCCGUCGCCAAGCCCGGCCACGGCAACACCGCGCCCCUCGCCAUCGGCCUCUCCCUCUACGCCGCCGCCCUCACCGGCGGCCCCUACACCGGCGCCUCGCUGAACCCCGCGCGCACCAUCGGCCCGGCCUGCGUGUUUGCCUGCAACGUGGGAGUCUCCUUCCUGUAUAUCGGGGCCGAGUUCUUUGGCGCGGCGCUGGCCGCUGGCCUGGCCAUCUUCUUGUAUGGCCGCAACCCCGUCGGCCGCGCGGCGCCCAACCGCGGUUGA